AAUCAGAUAACUCAAAAUAAAUCAAGUGGAAGCACUGCAGGUGUUUUCGAUUUAGCCAGUUUUCUUUGCUAAUGAGAUUAUGCCACACUAAAUUAAGUGUCUCUGAUUUAAUAUCAUGAAAAGUGAACAUUGAUAUACACCAGCUGAGUUGGUUGGCAAUUAAAACGUGUAAUCAUGAGGGCAAUAGUUGCUGCAACUUUCUGAAAAAAAAACUUUAACCUAUAAUAAAGGCAAAAGUAUUAACUUAUUUAACGUAAUUUUCCUUACCAGAAUCUCUUGGUGUGGGCUAAAAGUGUAGAGUUUUCACUUAUAAUCCAUCUUCAGGAGGAAAUGAAUGUGAUAUACCCACAUUUUCUCACAAAGGUGAGUAAAGAAACUCUUGAAAACAUUUAUGUGUUGGUGAUUUUUUUCCUUUUUUCCAAAUUUUUUAUAUAAAAAUACAUACCAAAAUUUGCAUGUGUUUCUCAUAGAUGUACAAUGACAAGGUAGAAGGGAAAGAAUUCAGGUUUGAAAUAAGAGGAGAUGCUGUUGAUGAAGGAUUUCUAUCCAUUGAUGAAAAAACUGGAGAAGUUUUUGUAAUCAAACCUGUUGACAGAGAAAAGCAUCCCUUUUUCCACGUCAUUUUUGAUGUGUACGACACAGAGACCAACCAAAAAAUUGACGAAGAACUAGCGUUUGAUGUGGAUGUAAAAGACAUCAACGACAAUCCGCCAAAGUUUGUAAAAAUUCCUGAAACUGUUACCGUUAAGGAAAACCAAGAGGAAGGUGGGUCUAAAUUUAAAAGAAGUAGAAUCCUGGAUUCACAUAAAAUCUAAAAAAAGAAAAAAAAUGCAUUAACUAGAUAUAAAACAAAGUAAGAUUUACAGCUGUAAUCCCACUAACCUUAACUGUAACACUUCAAUUGAAAAAAAGAUGGAAAAAAAAGAUCAAUGGGAAUCCCCCCAUUUCUGUUAAUUUUGUUAGGCUUACUGGGGGUGGAAGUGAUUGCUUCAGACCCGGAUGAGGAAAACUCCUUAAAUUCAAGAUUCAACAUCAGUGUGAUUGCACAGCAUCCACCAGAGCCUAAGAUUCAAGCAAAAUGGAUCAGUGAAAGAAUGGUCCAUCUGACAGUUGAUGGAUGUUUUAACUAUGAAAAAGACAAAGAGUACACAAUCACUCUUGAAGCAAAGGAUCAUGGAACCCCUCCAAUGUCCUCCACAGCUGUGAUCACGCUAAAUGUUGUUGACACAAACACAAACAAAUACAUGCCAGUGUUCAAGGAGAGAGAAUACCAGACUUUUGCUGUAGAAAUGGAGACCCAUGAUGACCUUUUGAGAUUGGCAGUAGAUGACAAAGACAUUCCCAACACUGAUGGCUGGCAUGCAAAGUACUUCUUCAUCAGUGGGAAUGAGGAAGACAUCUUUAAACUGGAAACAGACCCAAUAACAAAUGAGGGGAUUUUGAGCAUCACCAAGAAAAAGAAAUAUGGAAAAACCACUACAUUCAACUUGCAGAUUGGGGUAGAAAACAUUGAACCCUUUUCUAAGUGUGAAAAUGGGAAAUUGAUUAAACACGGAAGCAAACUUCCUGACUCGGUCAGUAUCAAGGUUCUAAUGAUUAAAACCAAUGACCCACCAGAGUUUCAGAAAACAAACAUAGAUGUGUUUGAAAAAGAAGAAUCUGAUCCAGGAAAGGUUCUCUUCACCCCAGAGGUUCAUGAUCCAGAUUCUACUUCCUUCAGGUAUCUACUAGUACAAGAUCCAGCUAACUGGGUAUCUGUUGAUGAAAAAACUGGAGAAAUCAGAACAACUAAAAAGAUGGACAGAGAAUCACCCUUCGUGGAUGAUGACAAUGUUUACAAAGUCGUCAUCGCUGCCAUAGAUGAUGGUCUUCCUCCAGCCUCAAGUUCUUGCACCAUCAGUAUCCACCUGGAGGACAUCAAUGACCACAAGCCUCAUCUGGUCAACGGCAGCCUCAUCAUGUGUGGAAACAGGAACAACAAAGUGAUGCUUUCUGUAGAGGAUUUGGAUGCUGAUCCCUACAGUGGACCCUUUUCUUUUUACUUUGACGAUUAUGAAGAUAUGAAGCAAUGGAAACUAGAUCCUGCUUAUGGUCAGCAAGGUGGCCUUGUCAGCCUGAAGCCACUCCCUUCUGGAAACUUUUCUGUGUCUCUGGUGAUUCGAGAUAAACAGAACAAUAUUGGACGUAAUACGUUGGAAGUGGUGGUGUUUGACUGUGAAGGCAGAUAUACACGUGAUUUUAGAAAAAUCUAUAUAAAGGGAGCAGCCAUUGGAAAUGUAAUUGCUGGAUUCCUUUUGUUUUCAAGUGAGUACAUAUAUCUCUAAUUAGUUCAACUGUAAAAGGGAUAAAUCCUGAAAACGAAUUGAAAAUGUGGCUGCCCAGAGAUCCAUUGAGAGUCCUCAAAAAAUAAUGUGCAUAAUACAAUGUGUAAUAAAAAAA